AUGAGUUUACCCGUCAAUCCCAAACCUUUUCUGAAUGGAUUAAAAGGAAAGCCAGUGAUGGUGAAACUGAAGCGGGGAAUGGAGUACAAAGGCUACCUGCUCUCUGGCGAUGGCUAUAGGAACAAGCAGCUUGUGAAUACAGAGGAAUACAUAGGUGGGGUACUGUCUGGACGUCUGGCUGAAGUUUCAAUAAGGUAUAAUGACGUCCUUUAUAUCAGAGGUUUGGAAGAAGAUGGAGAAAUUAGAGAAUAA